AUGCCCUUCCAUUCGCACCACCAUACCAGCAGCUCUGGCCAGGGCGCGGCGCAGGGCAUCUUCGCGGCCACGCAGGCCCUAGGCUCCGUCGCCGCUCCACACAGCAACCUCCGCAUUGCGACGGCCGGCACGACGGGCGCAGACACGGACGCGCUCCUGCCUGGCAGCGGCAACGAUCCGAGAUUCAGCGCGCUGCAGUCCGCCCCGCCGUCGUCAGCGUCGGCGUCGGGCUUGCCUGCCCCAGGCUCUCAGUCAGCAGCCGCUGCAACGGGUCCGCAGUUCGAGGUUGCGCGGCGGCCGGUCGCCCAGAGAGAGCCCGAGGACCUGCACAUUCCGCCGGCGGGCCAGCAGAGCGCGUCGCACUCGCAGCUCUUCAACUCGCCCGUUGCCUUGACGCCCGGCGGCGGCGCACAGAACCUCAACAUCAGCCUGCAGCACGCGACGCCGCCUCAGAACCAGCAACCGCAGGACGCGCAAUUCGCUAAUUCCGCCAGCAGCGUUCCUGACCUGCCCGCUCCUCUGCAGCCCGGCCCGGCCGCGGGUGCUCGCCCUGCGCCUUCCGCCUCCUACACGGCGCCUACCACCGUCCCGAAGAUCAACACCAACGCCCAGCAGUACACUCUGCCCACCCGCUCCAGCACCAUGCAGUCCUCAUCCUCCACUCAUUCCUACUCGCGCUCGAGCCCAGCCGGCCUGGACCAGAAGUACAUUCCCUUCAACUCUACCGUGCCGACGCCCGAGGUGCCCAAGUACGCGCCCACCCCGAGCCAAAGACACUACCAGGCCCAGACGCCCUCUGGCGCUGCCUCCAACUCCCCGCUCGCCCUGUCCGACAUACGCCCGCGCGCAAACUCUACAAUUGGCGAGGACAUGCCGGCGAACACCACGCUGAUGAGCGAUUUGGAAACUCGGGCGGCUGGGAACUGCAACUACUUGGCGCCAUGGCCGGUCUACGCAUACGACUGGUGCAAAUGGCCAGUUCAUGGCGGGAACAGCGCGGGCAAAAUGGCUGUCGGUAGCUACCUGGAAGAUCCGCAUAAUUUUAUUCAAAUCAUCGACACGCACAUCGCUCCUCAGGAGGCCACCACGCCAGGCGCCCCGGCCUUUGGCGUCGAAUACACCCGUGUCGCAGAGGCGACCUGCUCUUAUCCGGUGACACGGAUAUUAUGGGAGCCUCCGUCUUCCCAGAAGCAAUCCACCGACCUUCUCGCGACCUCGGGCGACCACCUGAGACUCUGGUCGCUGCCACAAACUCCCGCAUCCAACGUCAGCAACACCAUAUCCCGCUCUUCGCCUGUCAACACUCGCGACCCCCCUGCGCAGAAGCUCACUCCGUUGGCCCUCCUCUCGAAUUCCAAAUCUCCCGAGCACACUGCUCCGUUGACUUCGCUCGACUGGAACACGCUCUCGCCAAAGCUUAUAAUCACGUCAAGCAUCGAUACCACGUGUACUAUCUGGGACAUUCCGACCCUGACUGCCAAGACGCAGCUCAUUGCCCAUGACAAGGAGGUAUUUGAUGUUCGUUUCUGCGCGGGGAGCGUUGAUGUGUUUGUCAGCUGUGGCGCGGAUGGUAGCGUGAGAAUGUUCGACCUCCGAAGCCUGGAACAUUCCACCAUUAUCUACGAGCCUACGGAGAAGAGGGAAGAAAAAGGCUCGCCAGGUCGCAUGUCUCCCACGAAGGCUCAACAGAUGAUGUCAUAUGCCCCGCCUCUGCUGCGUCUGGCAGCGUCACCCCACGACGCUCAUCUCCUCGCCACUUUCGCCUCAGACAGCAACUUGAUCCGGAUAUUAGACGUCCGCCAACCUGGCCAGGCGCUCCUGGAAUUGCGUGGUCACCAAGCAGCGGUGAACAGUAUCGAAUGGUCCCCCACGCGUCGUGGCAUGCUUGCAUCGGGUGGAGAUGACAGCAUGGUGCUCGUUUGGGAUCUGAUCCAUUCUCAGAACGGCGCCACGAUCAACGGCGAGCACGCAACGUCCAACGGAAACGCCAACAAUUCUUCCAACAACGCGUCUUCCAGCUCCAGCGGUGUCAACAUGAAGGGUCCUGCAGCCAGCUGGCGGUGCGAUUACGAGGUGGGUAAUUUGAGCUGGGCACCACAGAGUGGACUCACGACUCAGGGUGGUGAGUGGCUGGGAGUGACGGGAGGAAGAGGGGUGUGGGGUAUCAAGCUAUGA